AUGACUGAAGACGCGCAGGACGAUGAUCCGCAUCUGAACGGGCAUUUAGUAGACGUACAAGACAACCCCGAGUCAGUACAGCAGGAAUAUUGCUGCAUUGCUAAACUAGUACAAGGUUAUGUGAAAUGCAUAUUCCCAAAUGAAGUCAACUCCAUUGAUUACACACCUGACCUCCCCCCUAAUCAACUUACUAGCCAAGCAGGUGUAGCUGACUUUUCACCUCAACCACCAGUGUCUCCAAUGAUGAUCCAGAAUACCACCGAACCUACAACCUCCAGAGCUACUACCCCGCCAAUAAACAAGGAAGCGCUUUCGACGUGCAUGGGAAAACUAAAACUCGCCUGCUCGGUGAACCUCUACGUAAGACGACUGCUAGACAAAUAUGUUGGAUCCGGAAGGGUGGACAAAAUUAGGGAUGUAAUCGAUGCCGAGGCUGACCUUAUUUGCAAUCCAGAUGAAAACCUUGCUAUGGAGGCAUUUCUAAACAAUCAUACUGAUGCUAUUCUAGUCGCCCAAGGAGUAACAAACAAUCUGACCAACAGUGAUAAGGAUCUACUCAACACAAUGGAUAAUCUGAACGACACAAUCGGAGAACGAUUUUUUUAUCUACGCAGAUUUAGUGCCGUUAACGAGACGGAUCGGGCAGUCCUUGAGCUUGCUUUCAACGACAUCAUGAAGACUUUCACAAGUUCCAGCGCUCCCAAUGCAACAGUGCAGGCUGUCACAGCACUGUCACCAGCAGAUCUUACAAAAAUAAGGAAUGUCGAUGACGUCAACCGCUUCAAUCUCGUAACGGAGCGACUUAAUGCUUGCAACAUAACGGAUACCAAUGUUGCCUCCGACGUGACCAGGUUAUUUCUAAUACCAUCCGUGGACUAA